AGCUGGAGCCCUCGGCCGGACGAUCUCCAUUUUGCACCCGGUUCUGGGCCGAGGCGAAGUCUGAGGGGAUUGGCGGCGGCCUUCCCUUUCACCCGCUCUCCACCCCGGCUGCUGGUUCGGUGGCUCGGUCAAUGUUUAAAUGGCAGAGGCGGCCCGAAGAUGGACAUCAAGACCGCGGUGUUCAACGCAGCUCGAGAUGGCAAGUUGAAACUUAUGCAAAAGUUGCUCAGCAACCGGACCGCCGAGGAGCUGGAGGCAGUGACUCUGGAGAAGACCAACGGCGGCACCCCGCUGCUCAUCGCCUCCAGGUAUGGCCACCUGCAAGUGGUUGACUACCUGAUGGAGCACUGCAAGGCCAAGGUGGAGCUCGGCGGCUCCGUUAACUUCGAUGGGGAGACAAUCGAGGGGGCGCCGCCACUGUGGGCGGCGUCGGCCGCUGGGCAUCUGUCGGUGGUGCGGAGCCUGCUGGAGCACGGCGCCUCCGUCAACAAUACCACCCUGACCAACUCCACCCCUCUGCGGGCCGCAUGCUUCGAUGGCCACCUGGAAAUCGUCAAGUACCUGAUCGAGCACAAGGCGGACAUGGAGGUGGCCAAUAGGCACGGCCACACCUGCCUUAUGAUUUCCUGCUACAAAGGCCACAAAGAGAUCGCUAAGUAUCUGCUGGAGAAAGGGGCCGACGUGAAUAGGAAAAGUGUGAAGGGGAACACGGCUUUGCAUGAUUGUGCAGAAUCAGGAAGCCUGGAAAUCAUGAAGAUGCUGUUAAAGUGUGGAGCGAAGAUGGAAAAGGAUGGCUAUGGAAUGAGCCCCUUGCUGGCAGCCAGUGUCACAGGUCAUAUGAACAUAGUGGAGUUUCUUAUAAAUCACUCGCAGACUAAGAAGGAAGAUCGAAUUGAUGCGCUGGAGCUUCUGGGAGCGACUUUUAUUGAUAAGAAAAGGGAUUUACUUGGAGCUAUGAAGUUUUGGAAGCGAGCAAUGGAGAUGAGACACUGUGAUAAGACUAAAAUAGUUAAGAAACCUCAAGUAGAACAAUUGGUGCUGGCCUACGAUUAUGCAAAGGAAGUAAUGACCUCUGAAGAAUUAGAAGCCCUGAUAACAGACCCUGAUGAAAUGAGGAUGCAGGCUUUACUGAUCAGAGAGAGAAUUCUUGGUCCAUCCCAUCCAGAUACUUCUUACUAUAUCCGUUACCGAGGUGCUGUCUAUGCUGACUCCGGCAACUUUGAACGAUGCAUCAAUUUGUGGAAGUAUGCACUAAAUAUGCAGCAGAACAAUUUGGACCCCUUGAGCCCUAUGACUGCAAGUAGCUUGCUAUCGUUCGCUGAGCUCUUUUCAUUUGUCCUGCAAGACCGUUCAAAGGGUAACCUGGCCAUGAAAGUGUCUUUCAAUGAUCUUAUGGGUAUCCUGUGCAAAAGUGUUCGUGAAGUAGAACGGGCAGUGAAUCAACGAGAGAACCCGCCAGAGGUUGCACAGUUCACCAAAGCUUUGUCCAUUAUUUUGCACUUGAUCUCCUUGUUGGAAAAGGUAAAGUGUAGCCCUGACCAGGAGCACUACAAGAAACAAACCAUUUAUAGGCUCUUGAAGUUGAACCCAAGAGGAAAAGGUGGGUUUACCCCACUACAUCUAGCAGUUGAUAAGGAUACAACAUCAGUUGGUCGCUAUCCAGUUUGCAAAUUUCCUUCGUUACAAGUGACCUCUGUCCUUUUGGAAUGUGGUGCUGAUAUUGACUCGAGAGAUUAUGAGAACAAUACUCCCCUGCACAUAGCAGCAUUCAACAACAACCUUGAUAUCAUGAACAUGCUGAUUGACACUGGUGCACAUUUUGAUGCCACUAACUCCUCCAAGAAAACUGCUUGGGAUUUGCUGGAUGAAAAGAAGAUGGUCAAGAAUUUGAUUCAGCCCAUCAACCACAUCACCCUCCAGUGCCUUGCUGCUCGUGCUAUUGAAAAACAUAAGGUGGUUUAUAAAGGAUUAAUUCCAGAAGAACUGGAUGCUUUCAUUCAAUUACACUGAAGUGCAAAGUUACGUUAACAAAUUUGGAUGCAUGCCAAGGUGCUUCUAAUGGAGCUUCAACAACUUGAUGUAUAAAGAUACCAGAAAGCAGAGUGAGACUAAAAUCAGUCUGUCUAUUGAAGGGCUAUUUAUACAUUGCAGGGCUACUAAGACUUAAAGGUAGAACAAUCAGUUUUGUAGAUUAUUCUGUAUUUUCUGUCAUGGAGGCUAAAUGUUGGGCUAGAGCUGAGGUUGAAAGGCAAGUUCGUGCAUAUGACUGCUAAAUAACACUUAAAAGAGUUUUUGUUGUUUUGUUCCUCCAGUUGGUUUACUUCUGUUCCCACUGUUCCAACCUUGCCUGUAUAAGGGCAAAACACAGUGACUGAAUAAUCUUGUGUAUUGCUACCAGAACUCCAAAUUUCAAUUGGGUGGUUACAAGCAAUUUCCCCAGACUCCUUCAAAACUGUUGAAAAAUCAGAGCUUCCAAGAUGAUAAAUUUGAGUGAUUAUCUUGCUGGGGCAUCUUUUCUAGGAUUCAGCAAACAUGUAUGCUGAACCAGAUGCAUGGAUUAACACAGUGCUACCAAGUGAGAUUUAAAAUUUCAAUACCUAGCUUUACAGCACAGCCUCAAUGGAGCAAAGAUAAAGUCAAAAACCACAAAUGCAGCAAAUAAACAGUAUUUCUGCAUGAGAUAUUUCCUUGCAGGUUCAAACCAGUCUGUUCUCUGCCAUUCACUAUCCCACUUUUAGAUGAGUCUUUCAUGUUACACCUAUAACAAAGGGUUGGUGCUCUUGACCAUUUUGGAGCACGAUGUUUAGUAAAGCUAUGUUUUUAAUUGCAAACAAUGAGGACAUUAUAUCUACAAACAUUGCAGCCUGUAUUCCAAAUCUUUAAAUGGCCAGCCAUCCUUUGUUUGAAACUUGAAAGGGUAUUUGAUAGAUCAGUAAAAGAAUUGAAGUACUGGAAAGAACAAUCAUACAUCAUAGAUAUGAAAAAGGGCAGAUUAACCCAUUUGAGUAUUAAAUGUAUUUUGGACCUUGCACAUUUAUUUGCCAAAAUAUUUCUUCCCUUAACACUGGCUAUUAUAAGUGUCAUUUAAGAUCACUGCUAAGUCCCAAGACAGUUUGUAAGUCCAUGUCCUCUGAAAAAGCAAAGCAUUUUUAAAUAUACUGUUAAAAUAUAACUGCAGUGCAUAUUGGGUUGAAGGAUGACAAACACUUUAAAUUCUGUUGUAAAUAUUGGGACUGUUUAAUAACGCACUAUGUAUAGAUCUAAUUUGUUUUACUAGAGUUUUAUUUAAUGGAGAAAAAACAACUUGCAAGCCUGCAGUGGAACUUUGUUUUCACACUGCAAAAGAAUGCUAAUUUUUUAAGCAUAUCAUAACUCCGUUUGGAAAUCUGGCUUUUGGAUCUAUUUUACCACAUUCUUUGCCCGUUCAGAGUUUACACUGUUGUUUGGUUUGAAGAAUAUUAAAUGCAAAUUGCUGCUAAACUGUAUGUAUCUUCUGGAUGGCCCUUAUAAUAAAACAAUACAUUCAGAACAGA